AGUAAUGUUAUUCACAGUUUUGAUAAAUGAAAUAAACAUGACUUUGGUGAGAUAUUAAUGGGAGAAAAAAAUGUGCUAUUAUAAAUUAAUAGAUCAAUAGUCUUUAUGCUAAUAGCAGUUUUUUAUCUUGUGGGUUAUCAUUUCAAAGUCUCAUUUUUUUCAUGUAGUUCCACAUAAUGGGGGGGCUGGGUGUGCUUAGUGAAAACUUUCAGUGGGUCUUUUGUCUUUAAAACAAUAAAUUUAUGAAAGAGAGUCUUGUCCAGGCUUCAUUAGCCUGGGCCUCCUGCUGCUGGGGGUGAAGGGAAAUAACAUUUAAAACAAUUACUUGAGCAGAAACCAGCUGCCAAUCACUCUUACAGGGGAAGGAUUCCAAUUAAUAACCUUCUCCUAAUCCCCACGUUUCACCUCCUACGCCCCCUCAGCUUUGUCCACCUCUCCCUCCCCGUCUCUCUCCUCUUCCACUCUCCUCUCUGAGCUGGAGUGCAUGGCGUCUGAACUCAGUUGUUGAAUGCUUUUUUUUUGCAUCGGGCGGCUUUCUUCAGUUGCACUUUAUUGGGAGUGUUACUGUCAGUACUGUUUUGCUACAUAGAGAAAUUAUUCAGAGAGAUGCAGUGUGAGCAGAGCCGGCUGAGUGACUGCGAGAGGUGCACGUUCCAGAUCUGGGAAGAGUGAAGUUGGAGGGUGAGCUGCUGAGAGGAAACAGGUGGAGUUCUGGCAUCAGCAACUUUAACAGUUCAACAUAAUUACUUACAAAAGUGCCCACACGCUCGAAUGCAUUUAUCACUGGAUACCAUGAGCAUGGUGGACGACAGCUGCCUCUCGCCCAGCAACUUCCACGAGCUGGGGAAAGGUGGGGGCGUCGCUGUGGGGGGCCGCGUCCACAGCAUCGAUGUCAUUCUGGGUUUCAGUAAAGACCAGGACCCCCUGCUCAGCCCUGCUGGGGCCCUGCGACCACAUAAAGUGGACAUAGACGGCCUGGUAGAGGCUGGGAGGCAGCAGGACCCCUCAUCACACCCGACCUACAGCGGGCACCUUUCCUCUCUGAGAAACGGCAGCACAGAGCAGCAGCAGUACCACGAUACCGGCUUAUUCACAAACAAGUGUGACGAGGAGCUGAGUGAACUGGGGAAGAGUGUAGAGAGCGAUGAAGGCAAGUCUCCAGAGCCAUGCAAGGACGAACAGCCCAAGAAGAAGCACAGGCGCAACCGUACCACCUUCACCACCUACCAGCUGCACGAGCUGGAGCGUGCCUUCGAGAAGUCCCACUACCCAGACGUGUACAGCCGCGAGGAGCUCGCCAUGAAGGUGAACCUCCCGGAGGUCCGAGUUCAGGUCUGGUUCCAGAACCGCAGAGCUAAAUGGCGUCGGCAGGAAAAAAUGGACGCCAGCACCAUGAAGCUCCAUGACUCGCCCAUGCUUUCCUUCAACCGCCAGGCACCGGUUCACACCAGCAUGGGUCCGAUGUCCAACUCCCUCCCCUUGGACCCCUGGCUGUCCUCUCCCCUGUCCAGCGCCACGCCUGUCCACAGCAUCCCAGGCUUCAUGGGUCCAGCUCAAGGCCUCCAGCCCAGCUACCCCAGCCACAGCUUCCUCAACUCCACUCCUCAUCCUCCUCAUCCUCAUCCUCACUCUCAUCCUCACUCUCUUCCUCACUCUCAUCCUCAUCCGUCCAUGGGCCAGGGGAUGCAGAGUAUGGCUCCUCCUCCCUACCAGUGCACGGCGCCGUACCCUGAUAAAUACCCUCUGGAGGACGUGGACCAGCGCAGCUCGAGCAUCGCUGCUCUGAGGAUGAAAGCCAAGGAACACCUCCAGUCUAUGGACAAGACCUGGCAUCCCAUGUGACCAACAAACCUGGCAUCUCAUGUGACCAACAAACCUGGCAUCCCAUGUGAAUGACACUGAGAAAGGGAGAUGAUGAAGUUGUUUCUUUGCGGGAUUCGGGGUAACAGACAUUGAGAAAAAUGUCAGAAAUAUGGCAGAGACUUGUCUGAUACCCACAGAGCAAUGGAAAUGGAUUGUGAACUGUGAAAACUGAGGAUUUUAGGACUUUCUUUGGACUUAUUUUUAUUUUUUUUCUCAUCUCAAGGACAUGAAGCAGACCAGUGAACUCUACAGUCUUGUUAAAUUGUUAAUUUUAAACCACCAAUUACCAGACAUCUGUUCUCCCUCCGAUCUAAAAGAGUUUAGCGUUGCCUUGGGUGAUGUAAAAGCAAAUGGUGACCAUUGCACCACGGUACCAAGGAAAUUUCUUUCCUUAUCAAUCACUUGUUAUAACAAACCAGAGUAUCUUUACAGGCACGCCUCCCUUUGGAUGAAUGCAUAGUUCCAUCCAUAUUCAUGAAUAGCUUGUCAAGUGAUGGCAGGUUUUCAGAGGUCACAAAAUACUUUGAACUAGGGCUGUCAACGUCAACGCGAUAAUACCGCCUUAACGCAAAAUCGUUUUAACGCUAUUAAUUUCUGUAACGCAUUAAUGCGAUUGAUCUUUCGGAGGUUGUAGCGAGUUCAAUUUUAAAGCUAGAGUCAAGAUACUGGCAUUAUAUGAAACCAGAAAACCUAAGGAAUCCAUCAGUACCAACCAAGUCAUACUAGCUCGUCACGAAAGAGGCUAAGUAAUGCUACCAACUUACGCUACAUCGUAUCUUCAAAGGGGACGUCUGACCUCAAGAUAUGUGAAUGAAAAUGGGUUCUAUGGGUACCGACAAGUCUCCCUUUGACAAACAUCCCCACUUUAUGAUAAUCACAUGCAGUUUGGGGCAAGUCAUA